AUGGACCAUUCGCAGCCUCCUGCUGCGCUACCAGCAGCUGCAGGAACAAUAGGAGCAACAACAGCAGCGGCAGCUGGGGCCCAGACAGAUGCCCCAGCAGCUCCUUCUGCACCCCCAACAGCUGCUGCUAGGGUGGGGGCUUUCUCAAGGGGAACGUCAACACAAUCUGAACCACAAUAUAUGGACUGGCAACAGCUGCAGCAGCAGCAGCAACAGCAACAGGCACUGCAGCAACAGCAGCAGCGAGUGCUCCAGCAGUAUGCCCAAGAGCAUCAAAUUGGAGUGCCGUUCACCACCACCAUGCAGAAGUGCCUUCUCCCUCAACCACAGGCAACUGACAGACAGCUAAAUGUUGACACAUCUGGAUAUCCUGCUGCUGCUGCUGCUGCUGCUGCAGGGUUGCAGGGAGCUCUGCAGCAGCAGCAAACAGAACAGCAGCGUGCACCAGUAGAACUGUCUGACAAUCAGCACUAUCGACUGCAGCAGCAGCAGCAGCCUUGGACAGCACAGCUGCAACAGCAACAGCCACAUAUACAGCACAUUCAUCAGCCUCCGAUGCCCCUGCCGCCAUUGCACCCCUUACUUCAGCAGCAGCAGCAGCAGCUCCAGCAGCAGCAGCAGCAACUCCAGCGGCAGCAGCAACCGCUAAGACGACACUCGAUAGAAUGUCCUGCUGCUGCAGUCGCCGCGUUUUCAAAUACACUGCAGCAGCAAUUGCAGCAGCACUCCUUUGCCCCUCCUCUUUUCCCUUCAAACCUUCUGCAGCAACAGCAGCACAUUCAGCAACAGCAGCAUGUGCAGCAGCAGCAGAUGCAACAGCAGCAGCAGGCGCAGCAGCAGCAGCACCAGAUUACUGUGUUGUUUAACAACCUUGGAGAUCAGCAACAGGGCUUUGUGCCCCCUCAGACAGCAGAGCUACAUCGGCAGCAAGCAGCAUUGCAGCAGCAAGCAUUGCUGCAGCAGCAAACAACACUGCAGCAGCACGCAGCAUUGCAGCAGCACGCAGCGCUGCAACAGCAAGCAGCGCUACAGCAACAACGCUGGCAAGCCCCAAGUGAGCCUCUGCAGCAGCUGCAGCAGCAGCCGCAGCUGGUGCAGGGAUCUGUGGGGCAGCAUAUCAUACAGCCGCUGCAGCAGCUGUCUGCUGCUCCCGAGGCCAUGCAGAGGCGCUCCCUCUCUGCUGCUGCUGCUGCUGGUGCUGCUGUUGCAGCUGCAGAGGUUGAUCAGCAGAGCAGCACGAUCGCCAUGAUGGGGCCUUCCCUGUCGCUUACAACGCUACAGCAGCAGCAGAUUCAGCAGCAGCAGCAACAGCUGCAGCAACAGCAGCAGCAGAUUCAGCAGCAGCAGCAGCAGCUUCAUCAACAGCAGCAGCAAAUGUUCCCACAUCAGCUCCAAGCUCGGCAGCUUCAGCACCAACAGCUGCUGCAGCAGCAGCUGCUGCACCAUCAGCAGCAUCAGUUUCGGCAGCAGCAGCAACAACUGCUGCUUCUGCAGCAACACCAGAAGUUCCCACAGCCAGACGUGUAUGACGUUAUUGUACCAACACCGGCACAGCAGCAGCAACAGCAGCAGCUGCAGCAACAGCAGCAGCUGCAGCUGCAGCAAGGGCAACAAGCGCAGCAAAUGCAACAAGUGGCACUAGGUGGUGGCAAACACGAAACAAGUGCCAUGCAGAUUGUAGCACAAGCAGGUACAGCAGCAGCAGCAGCAGCUUCAGCAGCAGUAGCAGCAACAGCAACAACAGCAGCAGCUUCAGCCAAAGCAGCAGCAACAACGAGCCACAGCAGCCCACCCGAUGUCAAGGCAAGAAGCAGCAGCAGCAGCAUGAGCAGCAGCAGCAGCAGCGGUGUGGGGCGCAGUGUAUCCGCAGGCUUUGUGGGGUCUCCUAGCAGCAGCAGCAGCACCCCACAGCAGGCAUUCAGACGCCACAGCGCUAUGCUGUUUGCUGAGGUGCCUGUUGGCUCCUUACAGGGAAGGAAAUCAGAAACUAGCAGCAGCAGCAGCAGCAACAGCAGCAGCAGCAUCAGCGGCAGACAGUCAGUGAAGCGCGAGGACCAAUGCCGAGCGGAAGCUGCAGCAGUCCGGAAACAGGAGGAUGAGAGGUUGCUGCUGCUGCAGCAACAACAGCAACAGCAGCAUCAGCAACAGCAACUGCAGCAACAGCAACUGCAGCAACAGCAACUGCAGCAACAGCAACUGCAGCAACAGCAACAACAGCACCAGCUGCAGCAACAGCAGCAACCACAGCUCCAGGAACCACAGGGGAGGGAAACCGCCUUGGGUUUAGGGGGGUGUGAGGAGAGCAGCAGCAGCAGCAGCAGCAGCAGCAGCAGCAGCAGCAGCAGCAGCAGCGGGAAUAUUCGUGCCGGCGAGUUGGAUGCAGCAGCAAUUUCCCGUGUACCCCGCAGCAGCCACAGGGAGACAGCAGUUGCCCGCUGUGCCCAUCAAACUGCUGCUGGGGCUGGUGCUGCUGCUGCUGAUGGUGGUGGUGCUGCUGCUGUGGCUGCUCCUGCCCCUGCUUCUCUUGCUGCUGCUGCUGAGUCACCUGCAACAGCAGCAGCUCUGGCAGCAGGUGAGGCCUCGGCUGCUGCUGUAUGGCCGGCUCCCCAUGCUCAGUUGACCCCUCCGCAGCAGCAGCAGCAGCAGCAGCAGCCAAGCAGCAGCAGAAAAUCAUCUGCAUGCGCUGCUGCACAGGGCAAUGAGCACCUCGAGGAGGCCAGCAGCAGAUAUGCAGCAGCAACGGGCAGCAGCAUCCAACCCCUCUCUGACAGCAACACCCAGCAGCAGCAGCAACAGCCGCUGUUGCUGCACCAGCAACAGCAACAACAGCAACAACAACUUCAACAACAACAACAGCAGCAGCAGCAACUACAGCAACAAGAACAACAGGAAGCGCAAGAGAAACAGCAGGAGCAACAGCAGCAGCUACACCAGCAGCAACAGGAACAGCAUCAACAGCAGCAGGAACCGCAGCAGGUACAGUCGGCAGGGCUUGGAGGAAUUGCUCCUCCUGUGAGUGCUGCUGCAGUUGCACAGGACGCAGCAGCAGUAGCAGCAGCAGCAGCAGCGACUACAACAACAGCGGCAGUAGGAAGGACACUAGCAGUAGCACCAGCAGUAGCACUAGCUGAACCUGCAGCAUUAGCAGCAGAACCAGCAGCAACAGCAUCAGCACCAGCAGCAGCAUCAGCAGCAUCAGCAGCAACAUCAGCAGCAGCAUCAGCAUCAGCACCAGUAGCACCAGCGUCAGCACCAGCAGCACCGGCAUCCGCGCCAACAGCACCAACAGCAGCACCAGCAGCACCAGCAGUACCCGCACAGUCAAUGUUUAUCCAGGAAAAGAUUUGUUACAGCAGCAGCAGCAGCAAAAGCAGCAGCAGCAGCAACAACAGCAACAGCACAGCUGCCCUCCAGCACUAA